AUGGCGCCAGCCAAUUCUAUCAGGCGACUCUUUUCACGGUGGGAUGUCGAUCUACGCACUUUGUUGAGGAUGGUGAAAGCCGCUCUACCAGCUACAAUCGCACUGGCAAUGUAUCAAUCCGACAUCGUGGCUAAGGAAUACACCACAAUGGCCUACUUAAUGCCCGUGGCCGCCAUGUUCAGUCGCUGCAGUGCUCCUCGAGGGAAAUACUUCCAUUUCCUCAUCCAGGGUUUGGUUCUGGUCUGUUUCGGCGCAACGAGUAGUCUGUUAAUGGUUUAUUGCUGCGUGAAAGCGCGACAGAAUACGUCCCAACCUGCAGAACUCAGCAACGUGUCGACAGAGGAUAUUCUCUCCGUGCCGUAUAAUACCGCUGCUUCUGUUGUGGCUGCUAUUUGGCUGUUCUUUCAGACAUAUAUUGUGAAUACGUUACGGGGCGAAGAUCCCCAGCUCGGAAUACCCGUGCAAAUGCAUUGCAUGCUCUUCUUUGUGGCUGCUACUCAGGCACCGGAUUAUGUCAGCGUAUCCUCUGGAUUUGCCUUUGUCAAGAGGCUUCUACUGGCCAUGUUGACGGGUAUGGCUCUUGCGACUGCGACGCAUAUACUUAUUUUCCCGGAUACGUGUCGAGAGGCUGUAUUGCAAAUGAUGGGACGGUAUAUCUCCGCGUUGCAGGAGGCGCUCAGAGUCCAUGAGUCGUAUUUCCAGUCUAUGGAGCGGUUGGAUAUGUUUGUACGGAUCCAAACACGGAAUCCGACGGAAGAGAAAAUAUUGUAUAGAGCGAAAGCGGAUGCGAUUAAAAAUGCGGCUCGGCGGGUUUCGCAGAUUCAUGCGUCGCUCAGCAAUGAAUUACCUUAUGCCAAGAGGGAGGUUGCUUAUGGAAAACCUGGGGUAGGUGAAUUCGGUAUGAUUUUUCGACAGUUGAGGGCGACGAUGGUGCCUAUUAUUGGAUUGAGUACGGUCGUGGAUGUCUUUGAUCGUAUAAUGGAGUGGAAUAAUUGGAUAAAACCCGUUGAAGAGGGAGGAGUCGAUCCCCAGAGGGAUGCGGUGCAUGCGAGAAUGGUGCAUGAUUGGAAUGCGAUUAUGGCAUCAACUCAUGACCAUUUUGCGCAGAUUUUUGAUGCCAUGCAUGAUGGUUUGGAGCAUGUGGCAUAUCAAUUGAAUCUGGUCAAACGGCCGAGAAAACGUAAGGAUAUUGAGGCUUCUCCGGAUGUGAGACCAGGAGAGGAAGGAUUCGCCAAGUAUUUGGAAGGUAAAUGUGAAGCAUUCUACAAGGCGAGAUUGAUCACUCUCCGGGAGUGGUGCGAACAAAAGGGGAUCGAGCUUCCAGAAGAUUACUUCUAUCGUACUACAAGAGAUCAGCCUAUAGAACUUCCUGAAGAUGUGCCGGGAGCGUUGCCUCGGGAUCGAACCGAGCGUCAGUUAUACAUUCUACUAUAUGUCGAACACAUGUUAUAUUCUUCCAGUCUCUCUAUCCUCGCCUUCGUCCUCUUCGCCGAUCAACGCGUCGCAAGCGGGAAAUACUCUCAUAACCGACUCGUCGUCCCUGGUAGCAAGCAAUUCCGUGAAUUCAUCAGAACUCUUUAUCGAAAUGAACAAAAUGAAAAUACCGGCGAGGAUGCCUAUCGUCGACGAAUCAUUCUGGAUUUGGGGGAAGCAUAUCAUCGACGCAAAGAUCCGGAACAUCUACCUCCCGAGAAUAUAGUGCAGUCGAUGGGCGAGUGGCUGCGCGUGAUACCGAGUUUUUUGCGGUCGUCGAGGUCAUUGUAUGGGUUUCGGGUUGCGUGUGCAGCUUUAUCGAUUGGUAUUAUCGCUUAUGUUAAAGACUCGCACGCUUUCUUUGUACGGCAACGUCUCGUCUGGGCUAUGGUCAUGCAGACUAUCAGCAUGGGUCCGACCUCCGGCCAAACCGUAUUUAAUUUUGUCCUACGGUCUAGCGGUACAGUGAUUGGCAUGAUUGCCGCUAUGGUCGUCUGGUACAUACCAAACGGGCACAUUGCAGGUGUCAUCGUAUUAUUCUUCGUGUACACCACCGCCAUCUGGUGGAUACCCCUAAAACGACCGGUCUUACAACAAGCCGGUGUCGUGGGCAUGCUGACCACAAUCGUGAUAAUAGCCAGCGAAAUGGAAGUCGCGAAACUCGGUGAACGGGCCGUCGAAGCCGGCGGUCAGCCGUAUUACCCUACAUAUCUAUUAGCGACAUUCCGUCUGGCGGUCGUGGUGGGUGGAGUUGCGGUUGCAUUUCUUUGGACUAUAUUCCCGUACCCGAUAUCCGAUCAUUCUGUGCUGCGACGGGACUUGGGUGAUUCGUUGUAUUUGUUGGCUAAGUAUUAUUCGCUAACCCAUGAGACGCUGAUUGCGCGUGCGAGGGGUGAUGAAGGUGAUAUGACGUUGAAAACCUCUGCAGGGAGACGAUUGGAAAAGGCGAGACAUAAAGCGUAUGCGAAUCAGUCGAUGGCUAUUAAUGGGUUACGCUCGUAUGCAGAUUCAAUCAAAUGGGAGAUUCAGGUCGGAGGACGGUUUCCGAGGGGACAGUACGCGAGGAUCAUUGACUGUAUACAAAAUAUCGUGAAUUAUAUCAACCUCGCCGAAUACGCAUCCAGAACAUUCUCCUCUUCUACUUCAAUCCCAGCAGCCUCGCAAAGAAGUGGAUGGUACACCGAUUUCACGAAAUUAAUAACCACAACACACGCAACCUCGCAUCAAAUCACGUCCAUCCUCGCUCUACUCUCGGCAAGUAUCAUGAACGCGCAACCUUUACCUCCAUAUCUCCAAGUGCCCUCACCAGAUACGUUCAGCGAUCGACUCAAAGAAGUCGAUAAAGAUAUACUGAAUAUAUGUCAUGCGGCUGAGCCGGGGUAUGCGGCGUUUAGUGUACUGCAUCUUGCUAGUAGAUGUAUUGUGGGUGAUUUGGAGAGGUUGAUUGAGAAUGUGAGGGGUUUGGUUGGAGAAUUAGACUUUUCGUUUCAUGUUAUUAGUCGAUCGUCUGAAAGGGAGGAAGAGAAGAUUGACUAG